GCAAUUACAACAACAACAACAACACAUGUUAACAAACAACAUUCCAGCAUCGAGAGAGAACGUAUUAAUGAGGGAGAGCACAACACCUAAAAAGUGUUGCCAUUUUAGUAGUUAGAGUAGCAGUGCUGCCAGCAAUUAACAAAAUAAAAUGUUAACCUCAUUAUUAAAACAAAUUUGAGAAAACUCAACAAAUCGCCACAUUAACUAAAAAAAUUCCAAAGAAAUGUUUUUCUCUAAUACAUUAAUACUCUAACAGUAGACUUUUCUUAGAGAAAAAGUAAUAAAUGAUAUAAUCACAAGAAGUCAAGAGAAAGAAGGCUGUUUUCCCUGUUAGAGAAACAGUAAGAGAAAAAAAAGGCAGUUAAUUUAGAAAUUAAUUUAUUUUUAGUAAUUAAUCUAGUAUUUAGUCCUGUUUGUUUUUAACAAAACAAAUUUAGUAAAAUAAUACAAACAUGACUAAGAAGUACGAGUUCGAUUGGAUAAUACCGGUGCCGCCGGAACUAACUACCGGUUGUGUAUUCGAUCGUUGGUUUGAGAAUGAAAAGGAAACCAAAGAAAAUGAUUUUGAAAAGGAUGCCUUAUUUAAAGUGGAUGAAUAUGGUUUCUUUUUGUAUUGGAAAAGUGAGGGUAGGGGAGGCGAUGUAAUAGAAUUAUGUCAAGUCAGUGAUAUAAGAGCGGGAGGUGUACCCAAGGUAAGUUAUACGAAUUAAUCAUUGGAUAAAACACUUUUUAACAACACUAAACUAGAUUUUAG